AUGGCUGAAAUUGAAUUAGUCACCCUUUUUCAAUCAAUAGGCCUGACCGAACAGCGAGCAAAAGAUACUGCUAAAAAUAAAAAACUUGCACCAACCUUGAAAACGACUAUUACUGAGGCUGGUUAUGCCGAAGGCGGUUGUGAUAAAAUUGUGGGCGAUCUACUUUAUACGCUUGCUUCAACUGUGAGUAAGGAUGCGACGACGCAUUUGGGAUAUCUUGCACGCGCUAUUAGUGGAAACAAGUUAAAGAGUCAAGAUCAGGUUGCUG